CACUGCUAAGCAUGGAUAGUUCGUGGGGCUCAUUGAUUUCCCUUGAACCCCUGGGGGUGACCAACACGCCAUUGGACUUGCCUGGACUUGAUUCGUGUCCUUCGCCAAAAAGAGCCAGGAUUAGUGAAGCCCAGCUUGGGGAAGCCAUAAUCACUGAACAAGCUAGUGUCUAUGAGGAAAAGGCAGAGAAGCUCCAACCGUACCAGCCUGGCACAGUGGUAGUCCAGCCACCCAAACGACUGCCUCCCGAGGCGAAAAACGAUCGCCUGAUGUUCAUUCCCGACCUGGACCAGGCCAUUACCCAUCGGGAUGUAUUCACCUAUUUCAGUAAUUUCGGGGAUUUGGAGAGGGUCAGCGUGAGGAACGGCACGGGUAACAUAAACUACGCCAUGGUGCUGUUUGGUCGCACUUCUUACAUGGAGCGUGCCAUCGAAUCGAGUCCACAUCUGAUCAAGGGACAACUAUUGAACUGUCGCAAGGCGAAAGAGAAAAGUACAAUUAAUGGAAGUCGUCAAAACUCUGGGACCCUAAAUAAACCAAAGGCCACGAUUUCGCAGCCACUCAAAGCUCCUGUAGGGCAGGCAGAGAAAGAAUUAGAGGAGAAUUGCAAGCCACCAACUAACAGAUCGUUGCUUCUUCAAAAACUGGUAGAACCCACGGCUUAUAACCCAUUUACCCCCAGAAAAUCUGAUCGAAACUAUGCCUAUGCAUUAACGAAAGACAAUGGAAUCUCCCGCUGGAGCUUCAACUUGUUGGAAUUCGAACCCAGUUCAGACGAGGUGAGGGCACUGGAGAAGGGUCUUUCCAGUUCGGCAAAGCUUCUACUAAGCAUCCGAAAGAAAGUGGAUGCCGUGCCCUACAAGUCUGCUGAUCCACCCGCUCCAAAGGUGCCUCAAACUCCUAGUAAAUCUGUUCCAAAAGUUACUUUUAAGAUAUCUCCACCACCCCCUGCCUCUAGUCCAGUGCUCCCAACUCUGGAGCCACAAACUUCCAGUGAUAAAGCCGUUCAAAAAGUUAUUUUUAAGAUAUCUCCACCCGACUCUAGCCCAGUGCUCCCAUCCUUGCCGAGCCUUCUGCCGAUCACUCCCCUAGUGCCUGAGCCCAAACCUGUUCUUCGAAAAGUUUCCAAGUCAGAUCUCCGCUACGCCGUACUAUCCAGUUUGGGUCAGAACUACGUCCAUCACUGCUACACUAAUGUGGAAGCUUAUCGGAAAACCAAGAACUACGUCGACCUACAGCUCAGCGAGAUGCAAGUCCGACCCAGCAUUUCGAAGUUUGUGGAUCAGAUGUACGCACAGAAAAAGUAGGACCUGCCAAAUGCAAAUCAUAUCAUAUAUAUAUCAUAUUUCAUAUAAUAUAAUAUUAGCUAAGCAACAUUUCCCAAGAAACAUCAAAGAACAGUUUCAUUAAAAGGAAAUGGCAUACAUUACAUAAGUUGGACACUUUCUAAAUUAAGGGAAGCCGAAGGAUGUUACGUAGAUUCCUGGAAGAUAUGAAAGGAGCUGCUUGAAUGAAACGUGAACAUAUUACACAAGAAGUUAAUUCCAAU